GGACUCAAUAUGGAGCCCCUCGAUCUCACUUGCGACCUGACUAGCCUCAACGGCAAAUCCGCAUUCAUCACCGGCGGCGCUUCAGGCCUAGGGCUGGCCACAGCGCGGAAAUGGGCAGAGGCCGGGGUCUAUAUCACCAUCGCCGACAUCCAACCGCCAACGAGCCCAGUCCAGCCUGGACUCGCGCACUGUUUUCACUAUGUCUACUGCGAUGUCACGAGCUGGGAGAGUCAAGUGGCCGCCUUUAAGAGCGCCCUUCGCUUCUCACCCAGCGGCGCCCUGGAUAUAGUCGCCUGCUUUGCCGGAACGGCUCUCGCCCCCGGAAACCAGAUAGAUCACGUCCUUGCCGCGGGUGUUCCCAGCCUAGAGGUCGAUCCUCCCCGGCCGAGCUCCAGUGUCCGCAAUAUCGAGGUGAAUCUGGUGGGAAGUUACUUCACUUCCUGGCUGGGGCUGUAUUACCUGCGUAUACCAGGCACGGGAACUGACCCCGAGUUGCCCAGCAACAAAUGCCUUCUCUUCUGCGCCUCCAUCGCAGCAUAUAUGGACAGCCCCAAGGCGUCCACGUACCCGGCCAGCAAGUUCGGCGUCCGCGGGCUGUUUCGCAGCACGCGUUCUCAGACCAAGCAGUUGGGCGUUCGCUGCAAUCUGCUUGCGCCGUGGUUCUUCGAUUCUCCGCUCAUUGCCCCAAUCAAGCAUGCGAUGGCAGCGCGUGGAGUCGAUAUGGCCAAGGUACUCACGUUUACGUCUAUUGACGCAUGCGUUGAUGCCGCGACUUAUUGUGUUGCAAGCCCAGAGAUACAUGGACGUGCCUUGGCAGUACAGCCGGAGGGUACUUUUGACCUGAAAGAUGAUUUGGAGGACGGAUGGGGUGGGAAUCAGUUGAGGCCUAUUAUGCAGCGGCGGCGGGAUGCUGGGUUCGAUGUCUGAUUAUAUACACAUUCCCACGGUUAUGCCUGCACUAGUUCGGAGUAGAACAGUUCUAGAGGAUAUGCUGCAACCUAGCCCUCUAGAAUUCAAUAUCGUAACCAACAG